CGGGAGCCGACAGAUUGAAAACUGAGAAUGGCAGGAGAACAGAAACCGUCCUGCAAUCUUCUAGAGCAGUUUAUUUUACUGGCCAAAGGUACAAGUGGCUCAGCUCUGACUGCUCUUAUAAAUCAAGUGCUGGAGGCUCCUGGGGUUUAUGUCUUUGGAGAGCUGUUGAAGUUAACAAACGUGCAGGAGCUUGCUGAAGGGUCCAAUGCUGCUUAUUUCCAGCUGCUGAACCUGUUUGCGUACGGAACAUACCGAGACUAUGUAGCAAACAAAGACAACCUGCCUGAAUUAACAGUGACUCAGAAGAACAAGCUGAAACACUUGACGAUCGUAAGCCUGGCGUCCCGAAUGAAGUGCAUUCCCUAUUCCGUAUUGCUGAAGGACCUGGAUAUGAGGAAUCUGAGGGAGCUGGAAGAUCUGAUUAUUGAAGCGGUUUAUACAGAUAUUAUCCAGGGGAAGCUGGAUCAACGAAACCAGGUGUUAGAGGUGGAUUUUUGUAUUGGUAGAGACAUUCAGAAGAAGGACAUCAGUAACAUUGUCAAAACACUCCAGGAAUGGUGCGAUGGUUGUGAGGCAGUUCUUUUAGGAAUUGAGCAGCAAGUACUUAGAGCCAACCAGUACAAAGAGAACCAUCACAGAACUCAGCAGCAGGUAGAGAUGGAGGUCACAAACAUAAAGAAAACAUUAAAAGCUACAGCCUCGUCGUCGGCACAGGAGAUGGAACAGCAGCUGGUAGAGCGAGAGUGCCCUCCACACACAGAACAAAGGCAGCCCACAAAGAAGAUGUCCAAAGUCAAAGGGCUGGUCUCCAGCCGCCACUAGAACAUACCAUCUAAAUUGUCAUUCAGUUAGGAAUGACAACAGGAGGAGCAAAAAGGGCCUGCAACUCCUUUUUCAGUGGGUUCUGGGCCAGUCCCUUCCAGGCUGGCAGAUAAAAGCCCUGUUGAAUACAGCUCCCAGUUAGCAGCACCUGGCUAAGUUACACUGUGCUGCCCCUAUGAAGUUUCAGGGUGUCCCUGUUCUGGUCUUCUGAAGAGGGACUUUUAAAGAAAGGGACUAACCAAAAGGGGCAGAAAAAAACCAAAAUAUCUGUGGACAGUUUUGCUCCCUCCCAGCUAGUUUUAUUGCUGCUUAACCUUGAGGAAGCUGCUGUACUAAAUCAGAUCUUGGGAGAGCUUCUAUAGCAAGUGUCUGAAUCCCAGGGUUGAAGUGUGGCUACCAAAGCCAGGCUGGGAGUGAGGAAGCCAUCAACACAGAUCUUUUCAUUCCCAAAGGGAGUGCAGGAAGGUUUCUAGGCCAGGAACUGCUUUACAUGGUAGUCUUCAGCCUUUCUGCUACCCCUUUCUGUUUUAAACUGGGGUGAAAUUCACACUACCUCGCUCUGUGAAGCUGAGAUCCAGUGCUGGGCUGUUUACUUAACUGUCUGUUUACUGCCCUUACUAGGCCCUUUAAUCUCUCACAGAUUUAAAGCACUGUUCUGCAUCUCUGAGGCAUCAAUACAAUAAGGAGGGAGCAGGCUGCUCUUUCUCGACUUCCUUCUUGCAGGUGGUCAGGGGCAUGCUAGAAAUUGUUCCUCCUGAAUGUGAUGUGACCUCCCAGAGCUGCCUGUGAGUUGUUUCCCCCAUUGAUACCUUCGGAGGGUAAUGCAUUCACUCUUCCUUGGAUGCUGGCGACAGUGGUCUGCACGGGAGGGGAGCCUGUUUGGCAUCAAGGCAGGCUGGUGGCCCAGGACCCACUGGCAGGGGUCGCAGCAGCAUCCCCUUGCUGAAGCAAUGGACUCGACUAGUUUUACUGAAUUUUGAACACUUUCAGGUUGUAUUUUCUUCCCUUGUUUUUUGUACAUUGUUGUGAUUCUAAAGCAUUUCAGCCUUUGUUUUGUGAGUUUUUUUUAUUUGUUACAGACUAACUUCAGGUGAUUUGCACCUAGUUUGUCAAGGUGUGGGGUUGUGUUUUUUUUAAGGGGGAAGCAUUGGAACAGCAAUUCAUGAAAAAGCACAUUUUAGAAAAAAAAAUUAAAAAUGCUGAUUUAAUGUCAGAGUCUGGAGUCUUGACUUUGAGGCUGCUUUAGGCUUGUAGUCUAGUGGCACUUGUUCACUUGAGAAUUUACUUGAUUCUUGGUGUAUGUUAUCCAAAGGUGUGACUGAGCUCCCUUAUUCAUGUGGGAGGCAGGGAAGCGCUCUUCACGUUUUUUCAGUGGUUCACCUUUGUCCAACUUUGUGCAGAAGGAUCUGUGGCAAAGCUGGUAGCUGAGCCCAGUGUCCUGAACCUAAACAGCUUUGGCUGGUUGUGGAAGGUUUGUAGCUGUGCUCUGUCUUAGGCCAGUCGAUUCCUCCCUUUGGGUCUAGCAGAGUGUGCUUUGUAGUUUGGCCCCUGCAUUUCACUUCUGUAAAGGGAAGAGCUUCCCAUGAACGGGCAAGGGAGCUGUUGAAGCAGAGGACUGUGACAAUCCUCCAGUCCUGCAGCCAGCUGUCACCUGUGCUUGCUUGUGCAGUGCACGUGCCUUCCUCUUAUUGCUACCAGGACUCUUUGCCAUCUGCAUGUUUGCAGUCCUCAGUCACGGGACUUGUUCACUUCUGAAAGUAAAUCCUUCUCCUUUUCUUCUCCUGCAGAGCAGGGACACUAGCUUUUAAUCUGGAGAGGUAGAUCUAAAUAACCUCUCUCCAGCUUUCUCUGAGUCAAGUCGCAGAGGCUUCUGAUUCUGAUCAAGCUUCUCAUUCUUUUCCAGCUCUCUGUCCUCCUAGAAAUGCAAGCCAAAAUAUUCCCAGGGAAGGAUGUUAAGUGAGCAAGUCCAGAGCACAAAGCCUUCCCCUGUACCUCAGGGGAGCUGUUCCCCAAGCACUGGCAGUACUAGUUCCUAUUCCAACUUCUCCCAGUGUUUAGCUGACAGCUUCUGAGACGUGCAGGUGGACUUUGUGUCCCCAAAUCUGUGUGAUAGAGAUGAAUUGGGUCUGUUUCUGGCUUGCUGUGUGGACAGCUGCAGCAUACUGGUUGUCCAGUUCCUCACUGAAUUUGACUGGUGAGAAUAGGCUCUGUUUUCUUUCCUUCUCAUUUUUAAUAUCAGUCCUGUAAAGAGGCAGGAGGAAUACAAAUGCCUUUGGGCAUUGUUUUUAGCUCCUCAGCAAGCCACAGUCUGCUGGGGAAAUAGAUGUGAGUUUGGCACCCUUGGUGUUUGUUCCCUGCCAGUUACAGGAGUCACAUUAGUUUGCUGGAGCUUCUUUAGUGUGUUGGAAGUUUUCGAGUUUGUUCUUACGUUUUUGCUGUUCUCAAAGCCUGGCUGGGGGUGAGGAUCUUACUCAUGCUUCGGUACACAUUGCCUUUGAUCAGCAAAGAAGCAAGGGAGAAAAUAGCACUUUGAAUAAAGAGCUGUCCCAUGUUUGAUGGCGACAGAGGACAGAGAAGGGACUGGGGUAUUGGAGGGACUGGAGCUGUUUGCGUGUUUGGCUCUCCUGGUGUGCCAGCGUCGGGCUUGGUGCCGCAAAAGGAGGGGGGUGUCUGCGAUGAGCCCAGGCUGAGAUGAGUCAUUAACAAAUGACAUGCACAGAGUACCUGGGGGAGGCAAACAGCUCUGCAGCAGCUGGUUAAUGAAUCUGGCUUGAAGGAAAGAGUUAGAAGCUAUUCCGGGAAUGAAGCAGAAGGCAGAGUUGUUAACAGGGAAGGAUGCAGGAGGUGCUGUGCUGUUUGAGAAGGACAACAGAUAAAGAUUCUGUUGGCUCCCUGUGACUACAGGAAGGGCAGCAACUCGGAGCAGAGUUGCAUGAAUUAGGGGCUGAUGGGGAUUGGACUGUGAACAGUUUUGAGUGGGGAGUGCCCGGGGAGCUUAACUGUGCUAUGGGAAUAAGAGGGAGGUUGGAGCAAAGGCAGUUUUGAUGUAAACUCCCAUGUAUCGCAUGUGCCUGCUGGAGGCAGCUAAGGCAGCUUGUCUGAGCGCUGCUGGACUCUGCUGGACGCUGCUCCCUGGUGUGGGGAGAGUGUCCUGCCCUGCUUUGGUUUAUGGCAGCAAAGAGCUGCUCCAGCUGCAGCUCAUUCCAAGAUUGCAGCAGGGCAGACUUUGUGCUAUUGAACUUCUGUUUGCCUCCUCCACCCCGAGGGAGACAAAGUGGAUGGAGCUGCCUUCCCUUUUGCUCUUCAGGGCUUUAUUGUCUAGCUUUGUGUUCUGCAGCUCCACUUGUACUACUGCUUGUUUAAUAUGGAAUUGAGCACUGAGCUGGAAAAUGGAAGAGAGGAUCUCAGCUGAUUGCAGUGCUGGUAGGCUGCCCUAGCCCUAAAGCUGUGCCUCAUGCUAACAAAUGUCCCUGGCAUUCCUGCUGUGACUCGGUUGAUACCAGCUAACAUCAGGCAAUUCUGGAAUAUGAUAAAGCAAUGCUGAUGUCAGUCUUUUACAGAAGAAAAAAGUUUUGGCUCAAAAUCUAUUCAUUUUUUACUUCCCUCCUCACCCUCUUAGGUAAGUUGAAUGCCAGGUUAGUCUUGUGUUGAGAGCAGGAGGGAAAGUCAGUGAUGCUGACAGACCCUUCUGUGUUCAGAUUUGUUCAGACCAGUCCUGCAACUGGUCUUGUGCAGAUUUCUGAAAUCCGGUGGGUGCUUUUGGAGCUGCACUCAGGGCUAGCAGAUCUCUCUCCAUGGAUCAGGUACAGGAGUAGGACCUGCACAGCUGCUCUCCAGAGUGAAGCUGGGGAAAGCAAAGCUUUUGUUCCUUUAGAGACAGUGGUAGGUAGAAAGAGUUGGCCAUUCUCCCACCAGCCCUGCAAAGGGAAUUUUGCUGAACAGCUUUCAGUUCCUGUAAGAAUGGAAAAUGAUACAGACCUCAGAGGGUGGCUUUGGUUUUAGUGUUCUUGUCCUAUGGGGGUGAAAGGCUCUGCUUCAUGUGUGUGAAGCAGACUCGGGCUUACUCUUUGCAGGGGAGACAGAAGGAAGAGUGCCCUUAGCUUUGAUAGCUGUAUUGGAACGUAACAAAUCACAUGGGUAACCCAGACUUUUCCUAAACUUUCAGUUCUCUACAAGUUUAUGUGAGUGCAGCUAAACUGGAAACCACAUAAAGCCACCCCUGCAGGGUAAAACAGUCCAAGCUUGUGUGUUUGUAGGGCUGCUGUGCUGGGGUUUGUUACUUCAGCAUCUGAACCAAUUGCAAACUACAAUGGAGAGAAACAACCUUGCUCUUUAUCAUUCUUAAAAAUGGGGAAAUGGAGAAAUUUAAGAACCUAUAGGCCCAGCUAGCAAGAUGUUGGGCACUUAGUCCCAAACAAAGUCUCUUGUUUUUUUUCCACCCCACUAAUUCCUCUGUAGCAUCUGACUUAAUGCAAGGGAACCAAAACCUGAGUCUACAUAGCAUAUUUUUGUAUAAUCUGAGAGAGUAACCCAGGGGCAGCAGGGAAAGUAAAUUAAAGUUUAGAGUGAUCUCAGUUCCUGCUUGUAACCUCAACCUUGUAUUCUUAAUACAGAGUUUUACCCUGACAGUCUGAUUGAAUUUCUCGGCAGAGUUUUUAGAAAUAUGUCAUUGUUUCACUCUGCUCCAUGAUGAAGGUCUGUGUCUCUCAGGGACUGUUGACAUUUUGCUGAUAUUUCAUCAAGUUUGGCCCUACCACAGAGCUACCAGAGGUAAGUGAUUGAGGUAAAGAGAGUGCAUGUUUACCCCCUAGCCUGGGCUGACCCUGUUCUCAGUGUCCCCGUGGUGGUAUUCCCCUCUCUGACUGCUGAACCAGGCAAGGAAAAGGCAGAGCAGCAGUUUGCUCCCUGUCUCCGAAUCCGCAGGCACAGACGCUUCUUUUUCCCACAGUGUUUUCAUCUCAGGAGAUACCCUGUUGCAAAUUGCCUGAGUGUGGUUGCUGUGACCACGGCUUUUUCUUUAUAAGCUCCAGUGAAUGCAUAUACACACUGGAAAUUCCAGGCAGUAAUGGGAUGCCAUAGGGUCAUUUAACAGUCCUGAAAAGUGUAUUUCUCCACAGAGCACAAAAGAAUUUGUGCCAGUAGCACUUGCUUAGUGUAAUUCUAAUAGAAGAUGGGACACCCUUCCAGAUCUCCAGGUCUCCUAGAGAGGCUUUGGAACAUCUGCAUCAUUAGGGCAUUUUUAAAAUGCUGUAAUCACACAUGAUACUUCAGUGUUUCCAGAAAAGCUGUUUGUGGUGGGUAAGCGAGGCCUCGCUCUGUCAGGGAUGAGCCUUUCUGCGAGUAUUUGGAGCUUGUCUGACCAUAGGCUGUAUCUUCAUGGGUCUCAGGUUUGGGAGUAGUGCUAUCCAGCCCUCCAGACUCUUCCCAGAGAUGCAGUUAAUCUCAGCACCCCUCAUGUUUUGGUCAGUCUCAUGAUGAGCUAUUGCAGUAAGUAACGUCUCGGUGUUUCAUUGUCACCUUCGCAGCUGUUAGAGAGCACCAGCUCCUUCAGGAUCACCUGCCAGCUGUGAUGCUGUACCUUUUACAUCACGACUGUGAGAUGACACCUCUCCCUGCUGGCAGACAAGCCAGGUGGGUAGGCAUUGCUCCUCAGAGCUGUUCUGCACCUCGCGAGGUGCAGGCCAUUGCCUGGUGUAGCAUAAAGGAAGUCAAGGACAAGGACAGCGUUAUAAAUAAGGGGCAAAGCACAGAGCUGUGUCCUGUUCCAGCUCUGCUGCAGUUGCAGAGAGCAACCUUGGGCAGAUCAGCUCCUCUACAGCUGUGUUUCCCAGGACAGCCUUGCUCCUGCGUGCUGACUGUGACAGGGUUUGUGAAGGGCUUUGGUCUCCUGGCUGGGCAGAGGUUCAUUGCUGAUGGAAUUGAUGCGUAUGUGCAUCAGUAGGGGGGAAAUCUUAAACCUUUUAAGCUUUUCCAGAAGUCAUCUUCCUCCUCUGUAGCAUAUCCUUCUUUUCUCCUGAUGCAGAUAAGGUGGUCCAUUGUGGGAAUAUCAGCCCGGAGUAUUAUGGGUAAUAUUCCAGGUUAAUUAUGGAGGGGGCAGGAAAAAUAGCCUGUGCCGUUUUCAACAAUAUCAAAGGGAUGCUACCUAAUGAUUUUCCUAUUAGCUCUUUUCCCAGCCUGCCAGAGUCACUGCAGAAGUGUCAUUUACAAAGGCAGUUUGCAACUCAUUACCCUGGAUUUUCACUGUAGUUCUGCUCCAGAGAGCGUGGGCUUUUGCUGUGUGCCCCAAACCUAAUGAAUUGCCUGAUUCGGUUAGUGCUGCCAUCCCUUCUGACAAGGUUAGUUGCUGACUGACAGGAAGGGGCCUGAAUUCAAUUCCCUUCUUGUUUUCGACUCACGCUUGUGUCAAGCUCAGGCUCCCUCUGGAAGCUGCCCUGUGAUCCCUUCCCUUUGUUUUUCUCUAUUCUGAGGGAAGCAGCCCAUGCUUGGAGAAGUCCUGCAGCAAGUGGCAGGGGCAUGUGUGCUGCUGCCCCUGGCAGUCCCUGCUCAAUGCCUCAAGUCCCUUUCCAGCUGGAAAAUUCCUUUGCUCUCCUGCUCUGGGCUUUUCUUUUUCUUCAUUGCUUUGGGAUUUGCUGUCACCUGAGCUGGGCUUUGUAACCCUUCAACCAAUAAAUACCUUGGAAAAGUUGUAAUGUGGACUGGGGGAAGAGAACUGAUUUCCCACACAUUAGAGGGCAACUGUGUCCCUGUUGUGGGAGCUUCAAGGUCUGCUCCAGCUUUGCCAGGCACUUGUAUAACAGCGCUGGAGAAAACUCUUUGUCCUUUUUCACUAGAGAGCAGUGUGCUUUUUCAGGCUGGGGGCCUAUGGCUCAACUCCUGCUAGGAAUAGCUCCUGAGAGGAGAAAUCAAGGCUGUUCUUAUAUCAUGUGACAAGUGCUACCACUUGGAAGCUGAAUGUGGCUACUGCUCAUUCGGCUGGUGGUGCAGGAAACAUGCAGGUGCUGAGAGUGCCAGUUUGAGCUGAGUGUGGACAGAGGAACCUGGGACUCCUGCCCCCCUCACUUCCAGGUCUGUGGACACACACCUGCUAAAUGCUUUUCUCUGAGCCUGCAGUUGAGAUGUCAGAUGCCACCCCCUGAGGCUGCAGCUUGCAUCCAGGACAUCUCUUGUUCAAUUACGCUGUCUCUGAGCUGGGCUGUGGCAGGGGAGUUUUUUAGUGCUGACCCUGGAUCCUUUUACUGGAUGUCUUGAGGAUCUGAUCAAGCUGGCCCACAGGGGAGGCAGUGAUGUUUCAGAGAUCAAUUUGUUUCUGCUGCACAUAGUGCCUCCUCCUGCACUCUUAAUUAGAUUCCUGUGGUCCCUCUUUCUUGCUGCCCUUGUUUGCUACUGAGCCCCUAUCAGGGAGACCCCGUUGUGGCCAUAUCAGCUGCUUGCUGUGCUCUGAGGAGCUGCUUCUGAUUCCCGUUCUGGCUUGUCCACUGAACUGAGGAAGGUGCCCAUCAGUGCUCUGGAAACUGACCUCUGCUGGCAGUGCCACUCUGCCUGUCAGACCCGCCAGUCUGGCUGUGCCAUGGGGAGCCUGAGGUUGAGUGGAUCUGAGUUAUCCCAAGUGCUCUUUCACCCCCAAGUGCUGCCUUCUCUCUUGCACAUCAGCUCACACCCCCAUGUGGGCACAGUGUUCCUGUCCUGCAGGUGGGAAUCCACAUGCUGAGGGACAGGGAGACUUAUCCCUGAUCAGAGUGGAAGCAGUAAAGCGAGGAACCAGGCUAUUAUCCUCUUCCUCUGCACCAGGAGCUCUCACUCUGAUCCCUCUCCUUCUGCCAAGCAACUGUCCUUUUGCCAUGCAGCUUUGUCCUUUUCCUUGGCCUUGCUCUUUACCAGUGGAUGGAAGGAACCCAUGCUGUGCUUUUUCCCUUGGACUAUGCUGCAGAGGAGAAACAGGAAUCCAGACCGUACAUGACUCCAGGCUGUGAUCUCUGAUCUCCCCUGAGGUUCUGCUUCACUUGGGUGGUCAAACUGUGUGGAUUGAGUUCCUUGGACUGGGUCCCCCCCACCAUGUUGAGGAGAGCCCCUCUGUCACCAGGCAGGUGAUUUUAUUCCAGCUCUGGCUUGCAGCAAAAAACCAAAACUGGAAGGGGAAUUGUCCCCACCUUGGUUCCAGCCUGGCACUUUGUUAUGGUCACUACUCUGGCUUCAUGCUCAAGGACCAGGACUCAGAGAGACCUGCAGCACCACCUUCUUACACCCUCUUUUCAGACUUGGUGUGCAAGGUCUGCACAGUAAGCAAUUCCUUAUUGUCCCUUAGGUUUGCUGGGUGACAGUGGACAGUACCCUCUAAUGGGCAUCUCUUUAGCCCUUCCUUCCCUCUAGAGAUGUGUGAAGCUGUAGAAUGUUGUAUUUGCCUUACAGAGCCCUGUCAUUACCUGUGGUCAGCUCUGGAGGGCUCCAGCUGACCCUCGGGUAGGGCACUGAGCUGCCACCGGCCCAUCCUGCCUCCCUCCCUCCCAGGGUCUUGAUUUUGUUCCCCAUAGGCAACAUCUUAUGUGGUCCAUCAGCUGCUGCUCCCUGUCCAGCUGGACUCUGUAGGCACCACGAGGUGGGUACCUGUCUCUGAUGGAGUCUGUGCUCAUGCAAGGUUAGAAAUGUCACCUGUGUGCCCCUAACCUGAUGAUUGAGCUGUCGGGUGUCUGAAUGAAUCCUCUUGUUCUGUAAACCUAAUGUUCUCUAAUAGUUGGGGUGAGUCUGGCUGAAGGUUUCUAUGGUUUCCUGCUGGUUGCUAAGGAAAAGGAUCGCUCUGCCUCUGGGUCUUGGUGACUUUCUUUUUGCCCUGUCCUAGGUACCGGAGCCCAGCAGAACAUAAUGCUUGUUGUUUCCCAGCCCACUACAAUGGUCAGGGCAUAAUUUGUGACUCCUGUCACGGCUGGGCUGGGCGCCUGCCACUCUUUUUUUCUAAGGCCUCUUUGAAGAAUGAGACCAAAGAGCCUUCAUGCAGGCGUUUGCAUGUUUGCUGCGCUCCCCGCCCCCUUGCUUGCUGUUUCCUUUAGAGCUCCAAGUCAUUUUAACGAUUUAUUUCAUGCACUUUACAUAGCAAGAACCUGUAGCAGCAGCUGUGUCCAUGAAUCCUUACCAGGCAGCCCUCAGUAUAUUUUGGUCUGUCUACGUAUUGUCCCAGACACAGUUAAAUAAAUCUCUGCUGGAGGAAGGGACUUUACAGCUCAGCAGCAAAGGGCUGGCGAAUGGGAAUAUAAACAAGAUACUCAGUGAGCUGCCGGAUCCCGGAAUAACAGUGCCUCUGGCAUAAAGCUCUGUUCCCACCAGCGCAGCUGGGGGCCAGAUCCAGUGCGGGCUCUUUGUUGCUGUCAGCAGGGACUGCGUCUCCAUCCGGCGCCCAGUGACAAUAUUAUAGCUACAGGGUGAAAGUUGGACCCAAACCUGCAGACUGGAAGCAGUUAUAACAUGUCUAGGCCAGAUGCUGCCCUUGUCACCCUGCUGUCGAUCCGGGGCUCGGUUGUUGAACGUGGUGGGCUCAGUUCCACGGGUGCCAUUUGGGAUCUGGGCAUGGAUGAGCUCAGCUGGGUUCUGUGGAAGCUUGGAGCUGCUCGCAGCACCGGGCAGCAUUGGAUCCAUCAGGGCAUCACAGGAUUCACAAGUUUACUUUUGCAUAUGGGAUCAAAGCUUAAAAUAUCAGCUGGCCUUUCUCUCACUCCUGACUUUUCUAAAACAUCUGAACAAUUUCUUCUUUAGCUCUGUUAAAAUCAAUCAAUCUGACAUUUAAAUUGUAUGUGAAUUUGAUAAAUAAAGACAGGUUACAAAAU